CCAGUCUGCUAACAAUCAAGUUAGGUUACACUGCAGACACCGACGGGAAAAAAAUGUAAACAUUAGCUACUUUUUUUGCUAUUGCAAAAAUGGCUUCUGCAAAGCUUGCCAGUAUUCCCGAUGCAGAUAUUGACCCAAAUGGUGUGUUUAAGUACGUGCUUAUUCGAGUAAACAGUACAGAAGAUGACGACUCCAGUAAAGAUAUUGUGCGAGGCUACGCAUGGGCCGAAUACCACGCGGACAUAUAUGACAAAGUGUCGGGGGAUUUAGAAAAAGCAGGUGGUGUGGACUGUGAGUGUCUUGGAGGAGGCCGAAUCAAACACGAUAGCCAGGCCAAGAAAAUUCAUGUUUAUGGAUACUCAAUGGGGUUUGGCAAAGCAAACCACUCAGUCUCCACAGAGAAGCUGCAGGCCCGUUACCCAGACUAUGAGGUGACGUGGGCAGAUGGGGGAUAUUGAUGGAUACACUCCUAGAUGGCCGGCAUUCCUCAAGACUCUGAUUCUUCUUUGACCUCCAACAAAUAACAUAAUUGACAUUGCCAGUGUGGCGAAUCCAGUGGAAGAAAGUGGAAAUCGGCCAAGUUGAAAUAUCUACUUAUGGAAUAUACAGCGCAUCACCUGGUUUUGUACAUGUUCAUGCUUAAAAUAGUUCAUAGCUUCUGGACUAAAAUAUUUAAUGGAACCAUGUCCAUCACCCAAAUAAGUUCAGUCAGAAUAUACUAAGUUGUCACUGAACCUCAUGAAUCAUGCCUGGAUGCCACUGUGCUAAAAUUACAGACUAAUGUGUUUUUUCACUCAUGUGUUCGUUUUAUUUCGUAAGUGCUUUUUGAUGCAUAAGUUGACUAGGUGUAUUUGAAGGCCACUAAUUGGUAAGGCAAGGUUCUGUAUUAAAGUACAGAUGUUAAAACUUGAAAAAUAAAUCAAUUGUUUAAGCA